AUGAUUGUUUUUCGUUUCACGUUGUUGCCUUCGCACCUCCGCAGACGAAAGCUGUUGGGCCGUGAGAAGACGUCUGGCGCUGUUGCUUCUCCGUCUCUCCCCGCGACUCCCCUCCGGGGGGGCGGCGAGUCGCACCCACCGCCCUUCACUCAGCCGGCGGUCAUUUGCCCUCCGUCCGCCGCCUCGCCGCCGCAUCUGGAGCCGGCCACGGCGACGGCGACGGCGGAGGGGAAGCGACGCAACGGGGACCUCGCCGGCGGGCGUUUUGCCCAUUCGUCACACGGCCUGGCGGGGCCGCUGGCGCCGUCCCGCCGCGUUCUGCGGGCGGCAGCUGCUCCUCCGCCCAGCUGCUCCAUCGGAGCUCUCUAG